AAUAAAAACUUGUUAGAGAACGCAACACUAUUUUCUCUCCUCCCUCUCGACCCCUUCUCCAUUCCCAUACCAUGACGAACUACUUGCUUCUCCUCUCUCUCUCUUGAUUCUUCCCUAAAGAACAACAACCCUUUAAAGCAAAAGCCACCACCAUCAACAAGGUUGUGCAUUUCACGCUAGGAUUUGACAUUCCAGGCAGUUCCAUGGAGAUAGAAUCAAAUCAACUGGAUCACGAUUGCAAUUCCACUGAAGAAUCAUCUGUUAUGCAGAUAGUUCCUCCAAGAUCUCCUGAGAUAAGUGGUGUGUGUGGGCAUCCGAUAGAGAACCCUCGAGUUGGUGAUGAGUAUCAGGCAGAGGUUCCAUCCAUGAUAUCGCAAUCAAAGCAUCUGCAGCUUCUAACAAUUCCUUCUGGUUCAGAUGGAAUAUUUGAGGCUUCCCAUUCCUUUCUAAUAGGUUUACCUGUCCCAGUUAUGUGGGUGGAUAAUAAUAAGGUAAACAAUGGAGAGGAUAGAGGGUGUGGAUCUCUGAGCCACCCUGGGGAUGCAGUUCUUACAGAUGAGUCCAGCAAAUCUAGAAAAAGCAAAAAGCAUUGUACUAUGAAGAAGGAAGAUUCAGAGCUCAAUGCUGAAUUAUUGGAUGAUGGAAAGGAAUUGAAACCAGCAACCUUUCAAUCGAAUGUGUCAGGUGAAGAUAACUUAGAUCAGCCGUGUAAAAGAGAAAGCUAUAUCCCUCUUCCUGGUUUACUGCAUAACCCUUGGAAAGAUGCUGAUGUAGAUGGUUUUAUUCUUGGUUUAUAUAUAUUUGGAAAAAAUCUUGUCCAGAUAAAGAGAUUCAUAGACAAGGAGAUGGGGGAAAUACUGUCAUUUUAUUAUGGGAAAUUUUACAAGUCUGAUGCAUAUCGUAGAUGGUCAGAUACCCGAAAGACAAAAAGAAAGAAAUGUGUAUGUGGACAUAGAAUUUUUACAGGGUGGAGGCAACAGGAACUGUUCUCUCGUCUGGAUCCGCAUGUCCCAGUGCAUUUUCGAAAUACUUUCCAAGAGGUCUCUUUGGAAUUUACAAAGGGUAAAAUUUCACUAGAAGAUUAUGUAUUCAAUUUAAAGGCCAUUGUUGGCAUCCAAGUUUUUGUAGAAGCUGUUGGUAUUGGUAAGGGGAAAGAUGAUCUCACAGGUCUUGCCAUGGAACCUGUAAAGGGCAAUCCAUUGUUUCCUGAUUGUCCAGUAGGCAAAGAUUGCUCCUCCCUUACAGCCAGUGACAUAAUCAAGCUUUUGACUGGGGGCUUUCGUUUGAGCAAAGGUCGUUGCAAUGACAUUUUUUGGGAAGCUGUUUGGCCCCGUUUGCUGGCAAGAGGGUGGCACUCUGAACAACCGAAGAAUCAGGGUUAUGUUGAUACCAGUCACUCUCUUGUUUUUCUCAUUCCUGGCAUUAAGAAGUUCUCAAGAAGGAAACUUGUGAAAGGUAAUCACUACUUUGACUCUGUCAGUGAUGUUUUGAGCAAAGUUGCAUCAGAACCAACACUUAUUGAGCUUGAAGCUGAAGAAACUAGAGGCAGCAUCUGCAAUGAGGAGGAUGGCUGGGAUAUAGGAGUACCGUCAAGCCUGGAUGAUCAAUCCAUUUGUCAGCCCCGUCAUUAUCUUAAACCUCAGGUUUCUAAACGCAAUCUGAACCAUGUGAAGUUCACUGUUGUGGAUUCUAGUUUGGGUGGAGGGAAAAAAUUAUCCAAGGUGAAAGAAAUGAGAUAUUCAUUAGAUGAUUUGAAAGUUAUGUCCUUGUUCACCACUCUUUCAAGUAGAACUCCGAGGAUUUUUUCAGAGAGCUCACCGGAUAAAAAUGAUCUGGAUGCUCUUGGUAUGUCAUUGGAUGGUGAAAAGAAAAUGAAUAACGUAGACUGCAAUGAGGGUAGUACAUCUCAUGCAUGCAGCUCAAACUCUACAAAGUUCACCAUUGUGGAUACCAGUUUGGUCCAUGGAGGAAUAUCAGUAAGGCCAAGAGAACUAAGAUGUUUACCAGUUGAGUAUGGCCCUGCUUCUGAAAUGACCAAUUCAACUGAGAAUGAAGCGGAUUCCUCUGACAAUUCACCGGUUCAGCAUGCACCAGAUGCAGCAAAUAGAUCCGACCAUAGAAAGGGUAUAAUUGACAGGAGCAUCCAUGACAAAAGCUCUGAAUUGAAAGGACACCGGUCAAGGGGAACUUUAAAGCACCAAUCAAGUCGAAGAGCAAAAUCCAGACAGUCAAAUAACUUAGUCCCUCUGGUGAAACGACGGAGACUAACUGCUUGUUCCGAUACAGAGAUAAGCAAUGUCAUUGAGAAUUUCUCUGGAGGCAUUCGGUCAAAACAAGUGGGAAUUUGUUGUGCUUUGAAAGCACCAAGUGCUGGUGGUAAUGCCUUUAAAGCCCGUGGUCACCGAAAGAAGUUGUCAUCAACUAAACCCUCGGUAAGAGGUGGUCCAGAAGAGGCGAAUGGUGGAGGGAUGUUGAGUGCAAAUUGUUUUGGUAUGAGAAAGUCUCGUAGAGAAAAUGUGGAACAUCAAUCCCCGCUUUUGAUUGAUCUGAAUCUACCUCAAAUUGCUUUAGCCUCUGAUAAUGGGGAUGUGGUGCCGAUGGAGGUGGAAAACAUCCAAAGAAUAAAUGCCAAUGAUACAAGUUUUCCAUCUCCAUUGGAUAAUCCUAACGCCGACGCAUUGAGCACCUCUGUUGAUCUUGCUUCUGCAGCAGAGGAACCUGAUAUGAACUCCAGAAGACACAGCACAAGAAGCCGACCAAUGACCAUUAAAGCAUUGGCAGCUCUUGAAUAUGGGUUCUUGGAAGUGAAGAAGACGCCAAAGUGCACUGGAGUUCGUACACACAAGAAAUCCCAUUUUAAAGUCCUAUCUCAGGUCCCACAACAAAGUCAAAGUAAAAUAAAGUCAUGCAAUGUCGGCAUUGGUACUGGGGAUCCGAAUGAAGAAAGGGAUGCUAGUGGAGCCUUCAUUGUUGAAUGAGAAUUCCUGAAAGGAUGGAAGUUAUAUUCUCUCACAUACGUACCUACAGGUCAAAUACCUUACAGCACCAUCUCAUUACAAAUCAUUCUGCACCACCACCACAAUCCAUUACUAAGUUUUACCAAGAAUAGGAUUGAAGUUUAAUUAGUCUAUAUGUUUUGUGAUUUUGAGCUCAAGCAUUUCUGAGGUUUUUAACGGUGCUUUAACAUGGCUAUACCAUACGUUUAAUCAGUUUCACAGUAAAGAAUUAUUGAGAGGGCAACAAAA